AUGGCGAACGAGUUGUCCCGGAGGAUUAAAUAUGCCAUGGCGCAUUUGUCGCACAAACAAUACGUCUCCCUACUGGCUCGACCUAACUGGAGAAGAAUUCAAAGAAGGAACCUGAACAUUCUGACGAAUCCGUUUACGACGCGUCGAGCAGCCCUGAAAGCGCGGGCUUCGAAGCGCAUCAAAAUCAUGGCUCGUCCGAGAUACGUCAGCGAAAAAUACGAUCCAGAGACAGCGCCACCGUCGUAUCCACGAAUCCAUCCGAAAACUCUCGCGGCUAAGAGCAACAAACGCAUCAUAGAUUUGGCGCUACCUCGUAAAAGAUUGCUACUGUCUAACAUGCGAUUCCAGACAAGCGGCAACAUAGUCGAAACUCUGUGGAAGGUUCAGAACUCGCGAUACCGAAGGUAUCGAUACUUUUGCAAUAUCAGGCAACAACGAGAGGCGAGAAAAAGACAAAGGAUCAUGGCAAAGUUGCGCAGAGCUGUGAAGCCUGAAGAAUGGGAACAGCACUUGGAGUCGAUGGACAGGCUGUCUACUCCGAAAAUACCACCCAAACCGAAACUUUUCGGCAGAAAAAGAAAAUGGAGGCCGGUGAACGUACGGAGAAUCGAGGAGCUGUCGACACCGACGAGCAGAGACGUGCCGGAACCCAGGGAUCCGUUCGCGGUGCCAGCGACCGCUCUUGUUUACAAGAUCAGCAGACGCCUGUCGAAGAUCGCGAAAUCGAAAACCCCCUCGGAAACCGCCCCACCCCGGAUUCCGGGCAAAGUAUCCCCGGCUGCGCUCAAAGCCAAAGCUACCCCAAGGUUGAUAAUCUUGGCGAAACCAGCCGAACGACCCGCAGGAAUGGAGACCGACGUCAGAGAAAACGCUUUCACCGUGUCGCCGACAGCGUUAACGGCCAAGUGCUCGAAACGGCUGAAACUUUUGGCCAGGCCGAAAAUCUACAAGAGAUGA